AUGGCAGAGGAGCUGGAUUUCGCCCUGGAAGAGGCGUUAGACGGGUUGAUCAAUUCCACCUUUGGAAAUGCCGUCGAGGUCAUCGUCAGCAUCGUUGCUCUGUCCAAGAAUGAAAUUCGCAUUGUCCAGUCCAGCAUGUUGGGCAGCGUGCUCUCCAACAUCCUCCUUGUCCUGGGAUGCUGUUUCUUCUUUGGCGGAAUCAACUACCACGAACAGUCCUUCAACAGCACCGCGGCAUCCACCAUGUCCUCCAUGAUGACCGUUGCAUCGGCCUCCCUGAUCAUCCCAUCUACUCUCUAUGCAUCUCUCUCUUCCUCCAAGGCCGACUCCAGGGAGAACAUCCUCUUCCUCUCCCACGGCACCGCCAUCAUUCUUCUCAUCGUGUACAUCAUGUAUCUCUUCUUCCAGCUUCGAUCUCACCCUGACCUCUUCGAGAGCCCCAAUGUCGAGGCCGGUGAUACUAGAGAGGAAGAGGAAGAAGAGGAGCGCAUCCUCAACCCUUACGCUGCUUCCAUCUUGCUUCUUAUCAUCACCGUCCUUGUCUCAGGAUGCGCAGAGUACCUCGUUGGAAGUAUCGAACCCAUCGUCCAGUCUACCGGUAUGAGCAGGACUUUUAUCGGUCUUAUCCUUAUCCCCAUCGUCGGCAACGCUGCCGAGCACGUUACUGCCGUUGUAGUCGCAUGCAAGAACAAGAUGGACCUGGCCAUCGGUGUCGCCAUCGGAAGCAGUCUGCAGAUCGCCCUCUUUGUGACUCCUUUCUUGGUCAUCCUCGGCUGGAUCAUGGACAAGGACAUGACCCUCCACUUCCAGACCUUUGAGACCGUCGCUUUCUUCAUCUCGGGGCUCGUCGUUACCAUCCUCAUUCAGGAUGGCAAGUCCAACUACCUCGAGGGUGGCCUCUGUCUUGGAAUGUACGUUAUCAUCGCUAUCGGAUUCUACGUCUAUCCUGACGACGCAGGCGACAUCGGCGCCGUUGCUUCUCAACUAGCCAGCCGUUUCGCCGUCUUCAUCUGA